AUGGCGCUGGAGCGGGCGCUGCAGGCGGCGCGACAGGGCGACGUGGAGGCGCUACGGGGGCUGCGGGCGGCCGGGCUACUGCGGCCGGGGCUGCGGGACGCCCUGGGCGCGUCCCCCGCGCACCACGCUGCCCGCGCCGGCCGCCUCGCCUGCCUCCGGUACCUGGCGGCCGAGGCCGCGCUCCGCGGGGACGCGCGGGCGCGAAACGGGGCCACGCCGGCUCACGACGCCGCCGCCACCGGCAACCUCGCCUGUCUCCAGUGGCUGCUCACGCAGGGGGGCUGCGGCGUGCAGGUGCGAGCGGGGUCGCGGGGGGCGGCGGAUGGUCCCUCGGUGGCGCGGGUGGCCGGGGAAGCGUUCCGCGGGCCCGUGUGGGUGGCUGUGGCCGCGGGGACACGGUCACGCGUGGUGCUCCCAAUUCUGCCGACGGCGAGCCGGGGUCCGUCCUACCCGCCGUCCCACUUCUUCCUGCAGGACACAGACAACUCUGGUGCCACCAUCCUACACCUGGCAGCCCGCUUCGGUCACCAUGAGGUGAUCGACUGGCUCCUCCGCUUUGGAGGCAGCGACCCCACGGCAGCCACAAACACGGGAGCACUGCCCGUCCACUACGCCGCGGUGAAAGGGGAUUUCCCUUCCCUGCGACUCCUCUUGGGACACUGCCCCAGUACACUGAGUGCCCAGACCAAGACGGGGGCCACCCCGCUGUACCUCGCCUGCCAGGAGGGCCACCUGGAGAUCAUCCAGUACCUGGUGCAGGAUUGUGGGGCUGACCCCCACGCGCGCGCUUAUGACGGUAUGACCCCACUGCACGCCGCCGCCCAGAUGGGCCACAACACUGUCAUCGUAUGGCUGAUGAGCUUCACGACGGUGAGCCUGUCGGAGCGGGACGCUGAGGGGGCCACGGCCAUGCACUUUGCUGCCAGCCGCGGCCACGCCAAGGUGCUGAGCUGGCUGCUGCUGCACGGCGGGGAGAUCACUGCAGACGGCUGGGGCGGCACACCGCUGCAUGAUGCCGCCGAGAAUGGCGAGCUGGAGUGCUGCCAGAUCCUGGUGGUGAAUGGUGCCGACCUCAGCAUCCGUGACCAGGACGGCUACACAGCAGCCGACCUCGCCGACUACAAUGGCCACAACCACUGCGCCCAGUACCUGCGCACCGUGGAGAACAUGAGCGUGGAGCACCGUGUGCUGUCACGAGACCCCUCAGCGGAUGGGGAAUGCCGACAGCCCGACUCGGGCAUGUCAUCACCCAACACCACGGCGUCGGUGCCUCAGGCGCGCUUCGAGGUGGGCUCCCCUGCCAGCACCCUCUCCAACUACGACUCCUGCCACUCCAGCCAGUCCAGCACCGGGGAGAAGAGGGGCGGCCCCCCAGGGGCCCCCGCUGCCCCACCUGCGCCCCCAGCUGCCCCCCACACCGCUGACAUCUACGUGCGGGCCAAGAACAACCUGCGUCAUGUGGAGAGCCAGGCGCUGCGCCGAGAGCUGGCAUCGCGUGACAGCAGUCCCGAAGGCCUGCGCCGGGCCGACUCCAGCAGGCGGUCAAGGAAUUUCGGCAAGCAGCCGAGCACCGGUGACUACUACAAGCACCUGGGGCACGUUGUGGCCGAGCAGCCAAGCCCCCAGCGAAUGGCGCACACCGAGGAGGCAUCACCCAUCUCGGCGGACACCAUGAGCAACGGGGAGAGCAAACCUGGUGCAGAGCUGCCGCCUCCACCCCCGCCCCCACCACUGCCCGACACCGCCUGCCCGACGCCCCCACCGCCGCCCCCGCCCGUGGAGACUCCCGCCGGGCCCCGCCGCUCCUCCUCCUCUACGGGAAGAGGAAAGGCGCUCAGGCAGAUGAAGAGCACCAAGUCGUUCAACAUGAUGUCCCCCACCGGCGACAACUCGGAGCUGCUGGCCGAGAUCAAAGCUGGGAAGAGCCUCAAGCCAACGCCACAGAGCAAAGGCUUCACCACUGUCUUCUCCGGCAGCGGCCAGGCAGGGGCCAACGCAGAGUCGCCAGUGUCCUCCCCGUCACCCACCAGGACGCCCACCCCGCCGGCCACCCCCGAGGCUGCUGGGCCACCUCGCUGCCUGGCAGGCGGCUCACCAGAGCCAGUGCUGAACGGAAGCUCACCGGUGCCGGCAGCAGGCGCUGGUGCAGCGGUGGAGGUGGAGGCGCUGGUGCCGAGCCAGGACGAGCAGGGUCGGCCCAUCCCGGAGUGGAAGCGGCAGGUGAUGGUUCGCAAGCUGCAGCUCCGCAUGCAGGAGGAAGAGGAGCAGAGGCGCAAGCCUGGGAGCCGCUCGCCUCGCCCGUGCCAGCGCGGGCCACCUGCCCGCGGGGGCAUACCGGGACCCGCCGGGCAGCCGAUGCGGGAGGAGGACAUGCAGCACCUGGAGAGGCAGCUGGGGAGCCUGCGGGUGAUGCACGAGGCGCAGCCGGGGCAGCCGCUUCCAGGGGGCCCGGAGAAGGAGCUGCCGCCACUCGUGCCGCUCUCCGCCCCCCCGGCACCCCGGCGCUUCGCCCUCGCCCACCAGGACGCGCCUGCCCGCGGCAGCCAGUCCCCCACGCUGCCGAGGAGCGCGGCCGCAGCACCAGCCACCCUGAGGGGCCGGGAGGGCCCCGGGGCGGGGGGAGCGGUGGGAAGCCCCGGUGCCCAGCACGACGUCCGGCGCGAGAUCCUGGGCUGCGGUGUCUCUGUCCGCAGCCUCAAGGCUAACUACGAGGGGCCAGGGGGGCCCCCUGCACCUUCCCCCAGGGUCACUAAGCGCAAGCGGGUGCAGCCCCCUGGUAGCACCCGCCGGCCCAUCCUGGAGGAGGAAUACGGGGAUGGGGCAGUGCGGCGGAGCAGGCCAGCGCUGCCAGAGCCGAGCAGCCCACAUGAACGCACCAAGGGGUGCAAGGAGCGAGCCGUCUUCCUCUUCCUGGAGCACUGGAAGAAGCGGGCACUCGCGGCGGUGCCUGGAGAGGAGCGGCCGCGGCGGCAGGGGAGGCGACGACCGGCAGCGGGGCGGCUGCUGGCCCGCUGGAGGAGUGUCGCCCGCCGGGUCCCAGGGCGUCAGAUCCGGCGGCUGAGCCGCACAACGGUGCUGUACUGGCCCCAACACUUCCUGCCCCACGUCGGCGGCUCGCCCAUGCCCCACGACAGCCUCCCGCUCGACCUCUUCAUGCUGGGCUAUUUCCAGCUGCUGGAGAUGCCCCUCAGCCCCGAGGAGCGGCGCUUCCGCCACCUCCUCUGCUACGAGAUGUUUGACCGCCUGGGCAGCCACAGCUGGCACCGCGUCCGCCGUUUCCACCGCACCGUGCUGGAACAGGUCGAGGCUGGCCACCGCCACUGGCUCGACGGCUUUGAGGACCUCGUACAGGAGUUUUUUGGGGAUGACCCUGUGGCAGAGGUAGAGAGCCUGCCAGAGCCCUCCACCAUGGCCCCGGAAGGGCAGGGGGCAGCAGUGCCAGUGCCGGAGCUGGGAGAGUUCAGCGAGGAGGACGUCUGCCGCUUCAUAGACCGCAGCUUCUCCUUCUGGAAGGAGAAGGAGGCAGAGAUGUUCGACACCUGAGUCCAGCGGGAUGCUGCAGCCUGUGCCAGUGGUGUGGCGUGGGGCGGUAGCAAGCUCAGGGGACAGCUGUGGGCUGGUGCCCGGGUGCGCUCGCCUGCCUCUGUGGCUCGUGGUGCAGCUCAGCUUGGCAGAGGUCUGGGUGCUGUUCUGCGCGGCCCCGGGCCGAGGUUGCAGUGUGUGCCGCUUGCCGUGGCUGUGUGUUGUGUGGGAGGUGCAGCGGCGGGGCCGCGCUCCUCUCUGGUGUGGCGUUUGCGGUGCCGGGGCAGCGUGGGCCCCCGCGUGUCAUGCAAUAAAGCUGUGGUGUGCUGCAAGGGCUGGCCACGCCACGCGCUCCUUCAUCCUCCCGGCGCCGACGGAAGGCGGGCAGUGAGGGGCCCGUCGGCGAGCCAUGUGCUGGUGAACCCCACCAGUACCGUGCCAAGAAGGGCGGCUGCCAGAAGGAUGUUAUGCCGCGCACCAGGAUGAUGCUGCGGCCCCACGGUGCCGGCAGCGAGGGCGGGCAGUGCCGGUAACACGGCUGUCUGUUGCAGGAGAAAGAAGAGGAGGCGCGCCUGGCCAGCAUGCCGGCCUGGAGGAGGGAUAUCCUGCGCAAGAAGCUGGAGGAAGAGAGGGAGCAGAAACGGU